ACAAUCCUAAGAGCAGGAACUAUAAGGGGAAGGAAGCUGCAAGCGACGGAGAAGGUUGGCAGCAACGGAAGGGGUUUGGAGGCACCUGCGAUUUCUGUGGGAGUCACAGAUGGAUGCAUUGGGUUGUAAGGUGCUCAACGACCGGGGCAAGGUUACAGUAUUUGGUCCAACAUGGGAAGUGGUUGCAGACGGGAAGCUGAAGCGGGGUUUCUACGAGAUGGAUUUUAUGCCGAAGCUGUUAGUAACGGAUGGGUAUGAGGAGGACAACAUAAGCAACGAAACAGUAACGACUAUCGACUGGUUUGGUAAGAUUUUGGAGGUCAGUAAGGAAGGAUGGAUAGUACGGGCUAGCGACGAGUUGUUCAGUGAUUGUGAGGGUUUCCUAGAAUGGGCAAGAGAGAUUGUGGAGACACUCGCACGAUUCGAGAAGGACGUGAAGCGGACCGACACCGGGUUCCUGGCGAUAGCAACAGAGGUAGAGAAUGACGGAGAGAAAGCCUCGGAAACUCCAGAACAAAUCAAGGAAUUACUGAAGGAGUUCCAAGACAUUCUUCCUAACGAUCUUCCGAACGAGCUACCGCCAUACCGAACGCAUCAACAUGAGAUCGUGGAGGAACCUGGUUCGAAGCCGACCUUCCGAGCACCAUACCGGCUCAGCCCUACGGAACUGACUGACAUGAAAAAACAGAUCGAGUAUCUCCUAGCCAAAGGACUCAUCCGGCCAUCCACUUCGCCAUACGGUGCCCCAGUACUCUUCACACCGAAACCGGAUGGAAGCCUGCACAUGUGCGUCGACUACCGAGCUCUUAACAAGCAGAUCAUCAAGAAUAAAUAUCCGAUACCGCGAAUCGAUGACCUGCUUGACCAGCUUCGGGGAGCUACGGUAUUUUCCAAACUGGAUCUGCGGUCCGGAUACUGGCAGAUACGGAUGGCGGACAACUCUAUCCACAAAACUGCUUUUCGAACUUGGUAUGGAUCGUACGAGUAUUUGGUAAUGCCGUUCGGACUCACCAACGCGCCGGCAACGUUCCAAGCCGAAAUGAACCACAUUCUACGACCACUUCUGGACGAAUGCGUGGCGGUGUACCUGGACGACAUACUCAUCUACUCGCGCGACAUGAAGCAGCACGUCGAACACCUGCGACGCGUCUUCGAAAUUCUUCGACGGGAACGAUUCUACGUCAAACUGUCCAAGAGCGAAUUCGCCCUUGAAAAGGUCCAGUUCCUAGGACACAUGGUGAGCGCUCAAGGAGUUCACGUCGACCCCAAGAAAAUCGAGGCAGUACGCACGUGGAAGACACCCGAGAACGUGAAGGAGUUGCAGCAGUUCCUAGGCUUCGCUAAUUACUACAACAGGUUCGUGCCACAGUAUGCGAAAAUCGCAGCACCACUCACGAAUCUGCUGAAGAAGAACACGCCCUAUAAAUGGGAAUCAAAGCACCAGGAAGCCGUGGAGCAGCUAAAACAAGCACUCACGUCCGUACCGGUACUCAUCUUGCCAGAUCCCGAACGCGACUACGUGAUCGAAGCUGACGCCAGCGACCAGGUAGUGGGGGCAGUUUUAAUGCAAGACCAGGGGAAUGGACUGCAACCAAUCGCCUACCUCAGCAAGAAACUACACGGAGCAGAACUAAACUACCCGAUACACGACAAAGAGGCCCUUGCCAUCGUCAUCGCCUUCAAAGCGUGGAGAUGUUAUCUCGAAGGACGAAGAACAACCGUCUACACCGAUCACUGCAGCCUGAAAUACUUGAAGACACAACCCAAUCUUUCCAGGCGGCAGGUCCGGUGGAUCGACUUCCUCGAGACACACUUCCACUACAACAUCGUGUACAAGCCCGGCCACAAAAACAAAGCAGACGCUCUCAGCCGGCCUGCACACGUUGCCGCUAUUCAGAUUGAAGGGAUGAAUCCACUACUCAAGGGACUCUUCACACACGGGUACGCCAUCGACCCCGAAAUCCCCUUGGCAGAAAAGCGACAUCUGCUACAGUGGGACAGUGACAUUGCGUACCGGAAAGGAUCAAAAAAAAUCUGGGUACCCAAUUACCCUCCUUUGCGCCAGUUACUACUCGAAGAAUACCACGACGUCCUCUACGCCGGACACUUCGGUAGCAACAAGACGCUCACCGGUAUCGCCAAACACUACUACUGGCCCCAUAUGGCAGAUGACGUCCAGAAAUUCGUCACCUCGUGUGAUACAUGUCAGCGGAUGAAGAGCAGCAAGCAGAAAAAGGCGGGACUACUGCAGCCUCUUCCUGUCCCAGAACAGCCAUGGCAAGUGGUCAACCUAGACUUCAUCACCGGGUUACCACCUACCACCAGCAGUCAUGACGCAAUCCUUGUCGUCAUUGACAAGUUCUCUAAAAUGGGACACUUCAUCCCGACACACACGACGGCACGCACCGAGGAGACAGCACAGCUCUUCGUUCGUCACAUCAUCUCACAGCAUGGCAUCCCAACCACACUCAUUUCCGACCGAGAUCCCAAGUUCACCAGCAAGUUCUGGAAGGAACUUAUAUCGCUUCUCGGGACCAAACUCGCCAUGUCAUCCGCAUACCAUCCGCAGACAGACGGACAGACCGAGCGCCUCAACCAAAUUGUUGAGCAACUCCUCCGAGCAGCCUGCAAGGACGACAUCUGCAAAUGGGACUUGCACCUGCCCGUACUAGAGUUUGCUUACAACAAUGCUACGCAUGCCGCUACUGGACAGACGCCGUUCUUCCUCUGCUACGGACGCCACCCACUCACACCACAGAAACCGACAACAUCCGCUACAGUACAACCUGCACAUGAUUUCAUCACAACCAUGCAUCAGCUUUGGGAUCGGACCCACAAGCGCCUCCUUGACAUUCAACAGCAACAGAAGCACCAGGCCGAUCGCCAUCGCAACGACCACACCAUCACGGUGGGAGACCAGGUGCUUCUUGACACCCGCAACCUGGACAUCAGCCACCUCCCAUCUAAACUUCGACCUCGCUUCUGCGGGCCUUUUCUCGUUGAAGCACAGGUCACUCCUGUUACCUUCCGCUUACGCCUGCCAGCUACCUGGAAGAUUCACAACGCCUUCCAUGUCCAGCUUCUGAAGCCCUACCGGGAUCCGAACACGAUCUUCGUCGGACGCCAACCGCCGCCGCCGCCGCCCGUCCUCGUUCACAAUGAACCCGAGUACGAGGUCGAGUCCGUGCUAGCACACCGCCGACGUCGGAAUGGCACCAUGGAGCUUCUCAUCCGUUGGAAGGGUUAUGAUCCUUCUGAGGACAGCUGGGUCCCUGAGUCCGACAUGGGUAACGCCCGUCGUCCUCUGCAUGACUACCUUGUCAAGCAGGGUGUUACUUCUACCACCCAGCUUUGAGGGGGGGAAGUGUGAGAGUACGA